AUGGAUAAGUCUCAGUCUCCGUUGUCUAAGUCUGGCACCCCGUCCCCGUCGCACCGUGAGGCUCUUACCCCAGGUGCCCCAGGAGCUCCUGGCCCCAGCACCUCCUGCCUUCGCCUGGUCAGCAAAGCAGCCUCGGCUGCAGACCCACUGGGACUGAAUGGGGAACUUGCCAGUCCAGGAGGUUUCGGUGGCGCUCUGACUCUCUCCCCACAAAUCAGUGCAGCAGCCAGCGCCUAUUCCCGAAGCCCCAUGGUGGCAUAUGACUCCCGGUCUCACCUGAGGGCCCCUGGGCUGUCCUCCUCUCUAUCAGGUUCUUCUGGUGGCAAGCCGUAA